UUUUUUCACAGGUUCCUUGCAUAAACUUGUGUCAGUCUUUUACUAUCACGGCAAUGACGUAAACUGAGUUUUCCGUUGUGUGAAGUGGGGUUCAUUUUCCGAAACAUAAUACUAAAAUGAUUGCGUACAAGUUUAUUAUUGAGGGGAUUUUUUGUGUGUGCUUUAUUGUUAAAUUUGGCAGAAGUCGUCUGCGCGUUGUUUGUACGUGUUGUGGGCCGGGUUACUCGCUGGCGGGCCGCUCGUUCGACCUGCCUUUUGUGCCACCGCUCACUUUUCUGUCGGUGUCACUUCAGUGAUGACAAAAAACACCGAGACUGCUGAUGGCGUUGCUGACUGACUGAUGAGUUCAACAUAGUUCAACCAUAGAGCAACUUUCAUUCACAAUAAAGCUCCAGUCCACCCAUGCACUGCCAGCAUUUCUUCUCACAGAUGCCUGAGGGUACUGUGUCCUCACCACUGCAUGGAUGAGUGAGCGCGGAGUGCCGAUCAGCCUGGCCUUAGCGCCCUAGGGAGGUCUCCCCUUGGCCCCUUCCCCUCACCCCCUCCCCAUGGAUCGCCAGACUCAGUCCGUCGCGUUGGAGAAGCAGCACGUGCACGAUGUCUACGAGCGGAUCGCCCCGCACUUCAGCGACGCGCGGUACAAGGCCUGGCCCCGGGUGAAGGAGUUCCUGCUGAGCUUGGAGCCGGGCAGCAUCGUGGCCGAUGUCGGGUGCGGUAAUGGCAAGUAUCUGGGAAUCAACAAGCAGAUCUACAAGGUGGGCUCGGACUGCUGCUCCAGCCUGGUCAGCAUCGCCCACCGCGCCGACCACGAGGCCAUGGUCUGCGACAACAUCCGUCUUCCCUACCGCGACGACAGCUUUGACGCGGUCAUCUCCAUCGGGGUCAUCCACCACUUUGCCACCACGGAGCGCCGGGCCCAGGCCCUGACGGAGCUGGCCAGGAUCUGCCGGCCCGGCGGGCAGAUCAUGAUCUACGUCUGGGCGAUGGAACAGAAGCUGAGAAAGUUUGAUGCACAAGAUGUGUUGGUCCCGUGGCACUUGCAACCGAGAAAGCUGAAAAACAAAGAAGACUCAAGAAAAUAUGCACCUCAUCAUUUUGUGAGCAGCGGCUCUCCCACCGAGGAAACUUCCAGAAGAAAGCUCCACCAGAAGUCCAAGAUGCACUCUGCUGGGAAGGGCAUCUCCUCACAUCAAGGAAGAGCACCAUUCAUCCCUCACCAGCACUCUGCCGAGUCCAUGAAUGGGUCCGGCAAGGCAAGGGCCAACCACAGCAAGGGGCUCCUCAGGACCCAGUCCGAUCAGAGUAAUGAUCAACACAGCUAUGCAGAGAAGAACCACUUCAAGAGGUUGCUUCUCCCGAACCGUUCUGCCUCCGUCGACGAGGUCUUCCUGAACAUCAGCCGGGAGGAGAACGGCAUCUCCUGCCGAGAGGUCUGGAUGAAUAAAACCAGGAAUCUGGGAUCUAGCAAACCGGGCCGCGAGAUUGCCGGCCAGAGAAAGCGAGUGCUGCCGAGGAUGUUCUCGUUUGACGAGAACCUACCCAGAGAGACGGGCGAAGCAGUAGAGGAGACAUCCCUGAUUGAGAGCCUGGCUUCCACAGCCACUCAGUUACUACGUGCAAUAUCCAGGCAAAACAGCCUGGACAUGGACAGACAGCCACCGGUCAAGGAGUUCCAAGGUAAGGGGGUGGAGAUGUCCACAUUCAGUAAAAGUCUAGUAUUUCGGGAAGAAGAAAAACCCACACCAUGCAGUCAAAGAGAUAAAGCUGUGAACUCUUGGUGUGAUGGUGAUAUCCGAGGCAUGAAGAAUGGUUACUCUCAGGGAAAUAGCAGAAGUCGAAAAGUUGAUGUAAACAGGCAUGCGUUGGUAAAUGGCGACAAGGCUCAACCACUUAACAGCGACUCGGAGGACAGAAGUGACACCCAGAAUGACACCAACAGGGUGCAGCCUUCUGACUAUGACGUCAAGACCUUCAACUCAAAGGCCUCUAUCCAACUGAAACCCUAUUCAAAUGCACAGCCCGUCGUAGGAAUCAGCUGCCUGACAGCUCAGGGCGAGCUCUACCACAAAUCCCGUCCCUCGCAUAGUCUCCCUCGCAGGAGCAUCAGUAGAGAGCGAGACUCUUCCCUGGACUCUGUCUCCUCCUCUGACGACAGUCUCACUGCCUUCCCCGUGGAGUUGGCGAAUCCGGACGCCUGCGACAGAGACCACACAGGCAAAACCUCAACUCAUGCACUCCCUGACAAUCCGUCCAUGAAACCCAGCAAAUCACAAGUUUGUAAUGGAUCCAAGCAUACCAAUCCAGGUGCCUCAGUCACUGAUGGUCAAGUCCACGCUGAGAGUCCAGUUUCAUCAGAUAGCGAACUGAAGUCCAACAGUACGCUAGCUGAAUACGUUCUCCUAUCCCAAGAUAUGACACAGUGCAACGGCUGUGCUUCCACAGUUCCAAAAUCCAACUCUACCACUUCCCACAGACAUCAACACCCUAAAACAACAGAAUCAAGUCCAGCAGAAACAGAUAGUGACCACAACUCAGAAUCCAAACCGACUAGUAGUGGACCACUCACUGGGGAAUGCCAGGAUCUUAACUCCUCCACGGAUGACAGUUCAACUCCAAAUGGUCCUCUGGACGAAGACAAACCUCACCCUACGAGUCCCAAGGUCCGGCCCUCUCCCACCACUAAGGACGACCCCUCGCUGUAUCUACGCUACUACCACGUGUUCCGGGAAGGCGAGCUAGCUGACCUCAUAGAGGAGCACGUAGACAGUCUCCACAUCUUGAGAAGUUACUACGAUCACGCCAACUGGUGUGUCAUUGCAGAAAAGGUCCAAGUAUGGACCAUAUGAAUGGGCAACUUGAGAAUCAGGACCUAAUACCCUAACCCUCCCAGACCCUUCAAAAUCCACUGGUAGGUUUUUGAGAGGACUAAUGAAGGUACAUGUACAUGUAGAUCCCAGCCACUGUUACUGUACCUUAAGCCCCAGUCACACGUUUACGGUUUGGAGCUACAAAUAUCCACGGUUUACCAAGAAUCAAUCGAUCUUGAUGAACCAUCGAGAUUCGUGGAGAAAUCGACUUUCUAAGAAUGCACUACAGUUUUAGGACGGAAAGCCUCGACUGUCCUACGGUUUCUCUACAAAUACACCACGGUUUCCUGCAAAUAAAGCGUGGAUAUCCGUAGUACAACCUUUAAUAGCAGAACCCUAGAGCAUCCAUGCAUAUCCGUAGGUCAUUCAUACCAAAUUCGUAGAGAUUUCUACCAUGAAUGAGCUAUGAAUCUCCAAGAAUAUGUACGAAUAGCCACGAAUAACACUACGAAUCAGUACGGUUGUCCUACAGAUAUCCCAUGGUUGUACUACGGAUUGAUUUUCAUGACGUUUCACCACGCAAGUUUUGAACAGUUUAAAACUUCCGUAGCCCCUCCACGAAUACCCAAGGAAGAUGACGGAUAACCACGGAGGUACUAAGGAUGAAUACGGUACUCCCAGGGUUUAUCACGAAUUUCAAACCGUGGAGAUCCGUAGCUUCAAGCCGUAAUUGUGUGGCUGGGGCUUUACACUUUUAGCCUUUUGAAAAUUUAAGUUCAAAGAAUGUGCCACUGGGUUCCUCCAUCAUGGUGGAUAUUAUGGAGGAUUUAGGGAAGGCACCUAGACGAUUCCCAGGUUUCGUUGCAGUCUCGGCACAAAUUUGUUCUGUAGUUGGACCAAAUGAUACAUUCCUCUUUGCAACAUUUAUACUUGUUGUGAAUAUCGUUUGCAUACAAAUUGUAUAUCCAUGUACAUUUUGCAUUUUGUAUGGACUUACCAUGUACAGGUCUCCAUACAAACAGGUGCAUAAUUAGUAAAUUUGUCUCCAGAAAGUUGGCGAUUUUAAUAAAGCAGGACCAUCUGGUUAACAGAAAAAAUCAAUUUGGCAGGACCACUUGAGAUUUUAUCAGGAGAGAUUUUCUGCUGAUAUCUGAAAUCUGAACAGUUCCCACUGUAUAUUACCUCAUUUGUAUACCAUCAUUGUUUAUUCACUAAGGCUUUUAGUUGGUGACAGAUGGUUUAUGUUAUUGUUCACUGUUAACUAAAAUGCUCAUUUGAGGAAAAAAAAAUUCAGGGUAUGUACACGUACAGUACAUCAAACUGAAACGUUCACAUUAUUAAAAUAAACAAGGGGAAACUGACUAGGCGCAUUUACAGCUCGUCCCAAAAUACCCGCAACAUUUGUUUGUGAGGCUCUAGCGUCGCCGCGGAAACACGUCCCGCCGUUGUUUUUAUAUCACUUUAAAGCUUGGAAUCUUAAAUUUAU